AUCUCUUGCGCGCGUGUGUGUGUCUGUAUGUGUGUGUGUGUUAGGGGAGUGGCUUCUCUGUAAAACAGAUUUUUUUCCCCUGUUGGUUAGUCUUCCGUUCUCCCCUCCACUUCAAAACCGCGUUGGGUGGAGGUUGUGUGCCGCACUGCCUUUACUUUAGAUCUACAGAUGCCGCUCACGCGCUCCGCAGAUCGGUCGCUGUAGAUGUGAAUCUCCAGAGACGAUGUCCAGGUUUAUUAAGAUGGCUGGUUCUGCAGCUCACACUUGUGGACUAUUCUUGGAUUACAUCAGGAGGACUUCUUUACUCCUCUGGGACUAGACUCAGUUGUGGGGGACCGUCUUGUGUUAUGUUCAGCCUGCAGGUUUUAGUCAUUUAACACACUUUGCUGAGAUGAAUACGUUGUACAUCGUGAUUGAAGUAGCAAUCGCUGUUCUCUCCAUAUCUGGCAACAUACUGGUCUGCUGGGCUGUCGCCAUCAACACCACUCUGAAGAACGCCACCAACUACUUUCUGGUGUCCCUGGCUGUGGCUGAUAUUCUGGUCGGUUGCCUCGCCAUCCCCUUUGCCAUAACCAUCAGCGUCGGCAUACAUCUGGACUUCUAUGGAUGCCUUUUCCUGGCCUGUUUUGUCUUGGUACUGACACAGAGCUCCAUCUUCAGCCUUCUUGCUAUUGCGAUUGAUAGAUAUCUGGCCGUCAAAAUCCCUCUGAGGUACAAGGAGUUGAUGACAGGAAAGACCGCCAGAGAGAUUAUCGCUAUUUUAUGGAUCCUGUCCUUUGUCAUUGGCCUCAUCCCCUUCUUUGGCUGGAACUUGAAAUACUCAAGCUGCAGGCCCAACAGCAGCUCUGGGGCCAACAACACUACAAACGCUGGCUUGAUGGAGGGGAUGAGGGGCAGAGGAGACUUACUACAGAGCUGCCAUCUCGACUGCUUCUUUGAGAGUGUGGUCGACAUGCACUACAUGGUCUACUUUAAUUUCUUUGCCUGUGUGCUUCCGCCACUGCUCAUCAUGCUGGGCAUCUACCUAAAGAUCUUCACCGUGGCCAGGAAGCAGCUGAGACAAAUUGAGCUCAAGUGCGUGGGCAACGGGGACAGCCAUCACCACGGGACGCUGCAGAAGGAGAUCCGGGCCGCAAAAUCCCUCUCCAUCAUCGUGGGACUGUUCGCCAUCUGCUGGCUGCCCGUCCACAUCCUCAACUGCCUCACGCUGUUUUACGAAAAUCUGCAAAAGCCAGACGUUGUCAUGUACGUGGCCAUUAUUUUGUCUCAUGCCAACUCCGCGGUCAACCCCAUCAUCUAUGCUUACCGCAUCCAGGACUUCAGGAACACCUUCCGAAAGAUCCUGUCCCAAAACUUCCUGUGCCACAGGGAGGAGCUGUACCUCAGCUCCAAUGGCAGCAGACGCAACAAGGACCAGAUCCACAUGACCAUCGACCCUCUGCUAUAGAGAGUCGUGACUGAGGCGGGAGUAUUAUCUGCGUCAGCUCCCUUGUUUCAGUCUUGAAUUUUGUUUUCAACAGGUUUGCAAUGUUUACAGAACAAGGGUAUGAAAUUUGAAGAUGAACCGAUGUCAAACGCGCCUUGAAUGUGGACAUUUAUUUAUGAAUCAUGGGUCAAGCAGUGAAAUAUUGAAUGGCGAGUCUUACAUAACUUUUGCAUUGUGAAGGAUUUCUGUUUGUUGUUUUUUAAAACAUGUUGAAGCUAACUGGAUUUGUAGGACUGUGAACAGGAUCCAAACUAUAUCGUAUAAUGCUAUGUAUCAUUCUGUUACAACUCCAAACUUUUUUUGGCCCUGCUAUUUUAUAUCGUCAACGUUGAGUGCCAGUGUUUAUAAAUUUAUUUAUUACAAUACCUUAUCUUUGAGAAUGUAAAGAUCAAAAAUGUUUUGUGGCUGGAUCUGUAAUUGGACCUAGAGAGGUACAAUGGUAGUAGUCUACAUCUGUGGUUACUUUUGCCUCGUGGCCCUUAAAACAAAUUCAUAUUUAUGACCAUCACAGGCUCAAAUCACAGGCAGAAAUAUUGAUUUUCUUUAUCAAUACAAUUUCCGUUGUAUGGCAGAAAAGUUCCAGUGUUGUCCUGCUGCUGUGCGAGUGAAUCCUCCGCGACGAAAUGUGUGUACAGGCAGAGGGCCACA